GAACUGAGAAAGAAGAAGAAGGAAAAAAAAAAAAAGUUCAUAACCUGGAAUUCACGUCAAACGAAGAGAGAGAGAGAAAGAGAGAGUAGUUUAUAUAAAUCGUCGCUGUCCGAAUUCCACAUCGGCUGCGACUCGUCUCCUUCCUCCGAAUGUUCGUGGUUUUCUGUAAUUUUGUCUCUCUUUCUUUCCAAUUUCUGUUCAAAAACGCGCUCUGUUAACUCACUUUUUUCACUGUCUUAUUCUUAGCUCGCCUUUGUGUUCCCAAAAUACCAGGUCGGCUUUUUAAAAAAAGCUCCAGUCUUUGUAUCAAACACUAUUGAUCCUUUCAUGGGUUUUUGCUUUUCUCUGACUUCGAUUUGCUUCUGAAAUCACACUCAACUCUCUUUAACUCAUAAAAUUCACAACAACGAUUUCAUGGCCGAGAACAGAAGAUACGGUCUUGAUAUUGAGCAAAUACUCAUGGAAGCUCAACAUAGAUGGUUACGCCCAGCUGAAAUAUGUGAAAUUCUUCGAAAUUAUAAAAGAUUUCGUAUUGCUCCUGAGCCUGCAAAUAUGCCCCCAAGUGGUUCACUUUUUCUUUUUGAUCGGAAGGUACUGAGAUAUUUCAGAAAAGAUGGCCAUAACUGGAGGAAGAAAAAAGAUGGAAAGACAGUGAAAGAAGCUCAUGAGAGGCUUAAGGCUGGAAGUAUUGAUGUACUUCAUUGCUAUUAUGCCCAUGGAGAAGAUAAUGAAAAUUUUCAGAGACGCAGUUAUUGGAUGCUAGAAGAGGAUCUUUCGCACAUAGUACUUGUCCACUACCGGGAAGUAAAGGGCAAUAGGACAAGUUUUAAUCGCAUUAGAGAGACUGAAGACGCUGAAACUGCACCCAAUUCUGAGAUAGAUAGUUCUUUUUCUUCUAGUUUCCCUCCAAAUAGUUACCAAAUUUCACAAACUACAGAUACAACAAGCUUGAAUAGUGCUCAGGCAUCAGAAUAUGAAGAUGCUGAAUCAGCAUAUAACCAAGCAAGUUCCACACUCCACUCUUUUCUUGAACUACAGCGCCCCAUGGCAGAACAGAUUAAUAGCGGACUCUCUGAUCCUUACUAUCCUAUGAUGUUUUCAAAUGAUUAUCAAGGAAAAUCGUCUGCCAUUCCUGGCAUUGAUAUUAGCUCACUUCCUCAAACAGACAUAAAUGAAGGCAGUAAAAGUGUUGGAGUUACUUAUGAGCCACGGAAAAACCUGGACUUCCCAUUACGGAAAAACAUCUUGGUAAAUACUAGUGCUGGCACUCAAUCUUUACCUCUCCAGCCGUCAUUUUCUGCAAUACAAUCUGAGAGCUUAGGAAUUGUUCAAAAACAAGAACAGGAGAAUUUUGGCGAGCUUUUCUCCGAGGGCAUUGGUAAGAGGCUGGAGUUUGGCAGCCAACCACAGGUCCAAGAAGAGUGGCAGGCUUCUGGAGGCCAUUCUUCAUCCUUACCCAAGUGGCCUGCGGAUCAGAACUUGCAUCAAGAUGCAGCAUCUAAUCUAGCUUCUGAACGAGAAAUCAAUGGUGUUGAGUUACUUCAAUCACAGCAUCCAAACACACAGCAUGAGUAUGAUCUGAAAUCAGUUCAGGAGAACAAUGUUUUCCUGGAGGGAAAACCUAACUACAUUUCUGGUAUAAAACAGUCAUUAUUAGAUAGCUCUUUUACAGAUGAAGGUUUGAAGAAGCUUGACAGUUUUAACCGAUGGAUGAGUAAAGAACUUGGAGAUGUCAAUGAGUCACAUAUGCAAACCAGUUCAGAGGCCUACUGGGACACUGUUGAGGCAGAGAAUGCUGAUGGUGAUUCUAGUCAAGUACGUUUGGAUGCUUAUAUGUUAGGUCCUUCUCUAUCGCAGGACCAGCUCUUUACCAUUAUUGAUUUCUCACCGAACUGGGCUUUUGAAGAUUCAGAAGUCAAGGUUUUGAUUACAGGAAGAUUCUUGGAUCAUCAAGCAGAAAGUUCUAAAUGGUCAUGUAUGUUUGGGGAAGUGGAAGUUCCUGCUGAAGUUAUAGCAGAUGGUGUUCUUCGUUGCCAUACACCCUUACAUAAGGCUGGUAGGGUCCCUUUUUAUGUGACAUGUUCCAAUAGAUUAGCAUGUAGUGAGGUGCGAGAAUUUGAAUAUCGAGUCAAUGAAGUUCGAGAUAUGGAUCUUAAAUAUGAUGAUAGUGGCUGCACAACUGAAGAACUGAAUUUGCGAUUUGGAAAGUUAUUAUGUCUCGACUCUGCCUGUCCAACUUCUGGCCCCAACAAUCUAGUAGAGAAAUCCCAGUUAAGCAGUAAAAUCAGUUUGUUGCUGAGAGAGGAUGAAGAUGAAUGGGACCAGAUGUUGAAGCUUACAUCAGAGAACAACUUUUCUGUGGAAAGAGUGGAGGAGCAGCUGCAUCAAAAGCUACUUAAAGGAAAGUUGCAUGGAUGGCUCCUGCAGAAAGUGGCUGAAGGUGGAAAAGGCGCUAGUGUACUAGAUGAGGGUGGUCAAGGUGUUCUACAUUUUGCAGCUGCUCUUGACUAUGAGUGGGCCUUGGAACCUACAAUAAUUGCAGGUGUAAGUGUCAAUUUCCGUGAUGUGAAUGGAUGGACAGCGCUUCAUUGGGCAGCAUUUUGUGGCAGAGAACGCACUGUUGCUUCCCUCAUUUCACUUGGUGCAGCUCCUGGAGCAUUAACAGAUCCAAGUCCCAAAUAUCAAACAGGAGGUAAAACACCUUCUGACCUAGCAUAUGCCAAGGGACACAAGGGAAUUGCUGGCUAUCUUGCUGAAUCUGCUUUGAGUGCACACCUUUUAUCUCUUAAUUUGGAUAAAAAGGAAGGCAAUGCUGCAGAAACUUCAGGAGUGAAGGCAGUGCAUACAGUUUCAGAAAGAGUUGCAACUCCUGUUAAGGAUGGUGAUUUAAAUGAUCGGUUGUCCUUGAAGGAUUCAUUAGCUGCAGUAUGCAAUGCGACCCAAGCUGCUGCUCGAAUUCAUCAAGUUUUCAGAGUGCAGUCCUUCCAAAGGAAACAGUUGAAAGAGUAUGGUGAUGAUAAAUUUGGUAUGUCAGAUGAGCAAGCUCUGUCACUUAUUGCAGUUAAGUCUGCCAAACAGGGACAGCAUGAUGAGCAUGUCAAUGCUGCUGCCAUAAGGAUACAAAACAAAUUCCGUAGUUGGAAGGGUAGAAAAGAUUUUUUAAUAAUCCGGCAGCGAAUUGUCAAAAUUCAGGCCCAUGUAAGAGGCCACCAGGUCAGGAAAAACUACAGAAAGAUAACAUGGUCAGUGGGAAUUGUGGAGAAAAUUAUUUUACGUUGGAGAAGAAAAGGAAGUGGUUUGCGUGGGUUCAAGUCAGAAGCAUUAACUGAAGGUCCCAGCAAAGAAAAUUCACUCUCUAAAGAAGAUGAUGAUGAUUUCCUAAAAGAAGGCAGGAAGCAAGCAGAGGUAAGGUUGCAAAAAGCACUUAAUAGGGUGAAGUCGAUGGUUCAGUAUCCUGAGGCAAGAGACCAAUAUCGUAGGCUGCUAAACGUUGUUUCCGAGUUUCAGGGGACCAAGGUUCAAUUUGAUACAGAUCCAAAUAAUUCAGAAACAGCUGAUUUUGAUGAUGACCUAAUUGAUCUUGAAGCAUUGUUGGAUGAAGACACUUACAUGCCUACAGCUUAAGAUCAAUACUCUUCAUCCUUUGGUGUAAAAACCAGUUGUGUAUUACAGCAUUAGUUCUAUUAUGUUGGUAGAAUAACAUGGAUUUCCUUAGGAAGUAUGUAAGCAAUACCUAUUCUUUUAACCUUCUCAUAAUUAUGUAGUUGUGCAGUUUUAGUGAUAAUGUAUCUUUUGAUAUGUUCGUGUGCAUUGUGCAUCAUGUAAUAUUCAGUAGCAAAAAUGUGUUAUAUGACUCCCCAGUUUAACUUACAUUUGAUCCUUUUAAUUACAGUAAAUUCUACCUAUAGUCA